AUGGCAUUCAAAUCAGAAGCUUCAAAGUUUCAAGCGGAAGCUGCUGUCAACAAGCUACUCUCCAAUAUAAUCCCGUCUUUACCAACAUCUCAAAAGACAUCUAGAAAGAGUCAAACCAAUAAAAAGAAAAUCAAUGCUCCUACAUCAACCCAAUUACUUGCUAACCAAUUAGAUAGUACAACUACCAGUAUAAAUACCAGAAAGUUAAAGAAACAAAAGCAAUCUAAAAUAAAGAAACAAGUCGAACUGGAUAAGAAGUUUAACAAAUUCAUAAAGUAUAAUAUCAUCACUAAUAAAUCAAAUCCAUCUAUUGAAGAAGGGAAAUAUAUAAAGAAAUUAAUUAAACGUAAUAUAAAUCAAAUCAAAAUGGCUAGUGAAUUUUCUAAUGAUCAAGUCGAAGAUGAAAUAAAUGAUAUAAGGUCAAGCUUAGUCGAAACUAUUACUAAUAAAAAUUCAAAAAGACUCAGAAAGAAGAGAGUUAAUGGUAGUAAAGAAGAUACUCUCUUUAAUGAUUUCAAUGAUAAGGUUAAAAAGGGGUUUAUUUCAUAUCCUGGUUUGACUCCUGGUUUGGCUCCUAUAGAUUAUAACGAAGAAGAUUCUGAUUAG